UAGAUUUAAGCAUUUUCUGUUUGACAAUUGGUUGAAUUUGUCCAAAGUCCUGGAAUCAACAGAAAGAAACAUCUGGGUUGCAAUAAGAGUUGGUGGAGAUAGAAGUUUUAUCAUGCAGAUGAAGCCUCCAGGUAGCAGGCUUCAGAGAGAAGAGGCUGUAAAUGUUUCUUAUCAGACUUAAGGUCUGUGUUGCUGUUAAUGCCGGAGAGGCAUCAUGAGGCAUGUCUGACCCCCACUUCCCAACAUUGCCUCAAACAGUCUCUCAGGUUAAAUUUUAAAAGAGCCCUGGCUGGGGAGGAAGUGCAUUCAGAAGCUUAGGGGGCCUUAGAAUGUUAUUUUUGGUUUACAUAGGGAAUAUGUAUAUAAAAGACUGAAGCGAGGUUUUAAAUGUCUAAGACAGUACAGGUGGUUAGGAGCUGAGUCCGAAUCCACACCUGAGUCCAUUGGGCUUCAAAUACUUGCUUUUAACCACUACAUUCUAUUGUCACCCGAGAUGCCUGGGACCCAACUCAUCUAUGGUUGGGGGGGGGUAAUGCCAUGCCUGUCAUAAACAGAACUUGUGGCAGCUUUUAAACAUGCAGUUUCUACGACUAAUACAGAGUUUUUACAGCCACCUCACCCGACUCCGGGCCGCCUGUACUUGCUGAGCACAUGGGAGUAUUAAUUCCGAGUCCCCGAAGGGCAGCCUCAGGGUCUAUUCCAAGUGGUCCUGAACUCAAAGAAGAAAACUUCAGGAUGACAGUGGGGCUGGACCUAGACUAACCCAUUUGACGUUUCUGAUAUGUAUUCUGUCAAAUUAAACAUUUCUGCGUAAAUCGAGGUCUUAUUCUCAGAAGUGGAAAAGGUCCAGGAACCAUCUGAAAAGCUUGCAUCUCAAUGCUAUAUAUGUAGUAAAUAUUCAAAUAUCAUUUGAUAUCAACAUGUGUAGAAAAUAGUGUUCUCUGAGAAGCCUCAGUGCCCACCACCCAGGAAAUGUGUGAAGUAAUUUUUCCAUAAUUUUCUUAUCAUAGGAGGUGAUAUAUAUUAGCCAAAAAUUCAUGCAGAAUGACCUUAACUCAGAUUUUUAGUCUCGCCAUUUUGGCCAAACAGCAGACAAACUAAGCAAUGUGGUUCUUGCCACUUUGUAUUGAAAUGUCAAAAAGUAAUGCAAGUUUGGUGAUUAGCAAAUGUUCCCUACAUCUAUUAAUUAAUUGGCCUAAAUGAUUUAGUUAUCAUCAGAUGUCAGAUGGGAAAGUCUGACCCAUUGUUCUUUCUUCCCUAAGUUUAGCUUUUCAUGUGUGUGUUUUAAAAAAUAUAAAGUAUGGCCAUGGUAAAAGUCUAGAGAAUUCAGACAGAUAUUAAAACUGAAAGUGAAAAGUCACUCAUAACCCCACCAGCCAGAUAUAAGUGCUUCUUCAAUUUUGGUUUGUGUCCUUCCAGAUAUAUUUUUAUACACAUACAUAUAUAGACAUUUGCAAACUGUAAAUAUAAAUGCAGUUUUAUUACAAAAACAGGGUCAUAUGAUGCAUAUGGUUCAGUCAGAAACUGGAUUUUUAACCUAACAAUGUAUUAUAUGAAAAUCUGUAAGCAAAUGUGCUACCAAGUUAAAACCGCAUAUGCUCCUGUGUAUGGAUACACUUAAUUUAGUUUUUGUUGGAUAUUUAUUCUACUUAAACGUUUUGGUUUUAUGGAAAACACUAGCAAAUAUGCCAAUGCGAGCUUCUCCCAAGUGCUCAGUAGAGCCUCUUCUGGAGUGGAAUUCCCAGGUAGGGACAGCAAGGGACUCAUUCUAGAGGAAAGGAUUUGCCCAGGGUGUGUGAGCUUCUGAAAAGACAUUUCCAGUUGGCGGAAGGCAGCCUACAUGGCAAUUAUUUGAAUACUCUAUGGUUACUGUUUCAAGGAAUCAGAGGGAGGUAAGAGUUACAAGAUCCAUGCAGGGCAAAGGGAGGUAAGAGUUACAAGAUCCAUGCAGGGCGAAGGGAGGUAAGAGUUACAAGAUCCAUGAUGCAGGGUGAAAAACCCUCAGGCCAUUGGUUUUUCUAACUGUGCCAUGGCCAGUCCCAAAUCCUGAGUGGCAUGACUUUUUCAUGUUCUGAUAAUAUGGGCAUCACAGCAACAGAGAAGUCAAACGGACCCAAAGGUAGGGCCCAGGGCUGACAGAGAGCACCACACCUCCCUUCCACACCACCUGAGCCACAGUAGGGCACCGGGGAUGAUGGCUCUCUGCUGGCCCAGCUGCAGGGUCCUUCAGGGAGCUCCUCAGACACAAAAGUAGGCCCCUACGAUGCAAGCAUAUGACACCACAUGUGGAUGUUACACAGAAUGCAUUCAUAUGACAAUACCAACAUACAGACACUACACAAAUGCAUGCAUAUGACCACACCACCUGCAGCCGUUAUACAGAAUGCAUGCGUAUGACCACACCAUGUACAGACGUUACACGGAAUACAUGCAUAUGACAAUACCACAUGCAGAUGUUACACGGAAUGCGUGUGUAUGACCAUACCACGUGCAGACGUUACAUGGAAUGCAUGCGUAUGACAAUAUCACAUGCAGACAUUACACGGAAUGAAUGUGUAUGACCACACCAUGUACAGACGUUACAUGGAAUACAUGCAUAUGACAAUACCACAUGCAGAUGUUACAUGGAAUGCAUGUGUAUGACCACACCACAUGCAGACGUUACAUGGAAUAUAGGCGUAUGACCACACCACAUGCAGACGUUACAUGGAAUGCAUGCGUAUGACAAUAUCACAUGCAGACAUUACACGGAAUGAAUGCAUAUGACCACACCGUGUACAGACGUUACAUGGAAUACAUGCAUAUGGCAAUAUCACAUGCACACAUUACACGGAAUGCGUGUGUAUGACCAUACCACGUGCAGACGUUACAUGGAAUGCAGGCAUAUGACCACACCACGUGCAGACGUUACAUGGAAUGCAUGCGUAUGACCACACCAUGUACAGACGUUACACAGAAUACAUGCAUAUGACAAUACCACAUGCAGACGUUACAUGGAAUAUAGGCGUAUGACCACACCACAUGCAGACGUUACAUGGAAUGCAUGUGUAUGACAAUAUCACAUGCAGACAUUACACGGAAUGAAUGCGUAUGACCACACCGUGUACAGACGUUACACGGAAUACAUGCAUAUGGCAAUACCACAUGCACACAUUACACGGAAUGCGUGUGUAUGACCAUACCACGUGCAGACAUUACAUGGAAUGCAGGCAUAUGACCACACCACAUGCAGACGUUACAUGGAAUGCAUGCGUAUGACAAUAUCACAUGCAGACAUUACACGGAAUGAAUGCAUAUGACCACACUGUGUACAGACUUUACACGGAAUACAAGCAUAUGGCAAUACCACACGCACAUGUUACACGGAAUGCAUGUGUAUGACAAUACCACGUGCAGACGUUACAUGGAAUGCAGGCAUAUGACCACACCACAUGCAGACAUUACACGGAAUGCAGGCGUAUGACCACACCACAUGCAGACAUUACACGGAAUGCAAGCGUAUGACCACACCACAUGCAGACAUUACACGGAAUGCAGGCAUAUGACAACACCACAUGCAGACAUUACACGGAAUGCAGGCGUAUGACAACAUCACAUGCAGACAUUACACGGAAUGCAGGCGUAUGACAACACUACAUGCAGAUGUUACAUGGAAGGCUCCAUCUGACACCCCUCGGGGAGGUCCAGGGACGUUAUUGUUUCCAGGAGCUUGGAGUGCAGAGCUCCGUCCUCACAGGCUACGUUUCCACAGAUGAAGCAGAUGCAUUCCGAGGCAAACAGGUACAGAUGUGAAGGGAAAUUGGGAGCAUUCACCUGGAAACUCUAGAAGUCAUCGCUUGUGUGGGAAUUGAACAGGUCAUCCAGGGGGUUCUGGCGUGAGAACGUGGUAGAGUGGAUCAGCUCUGAGUUCACUUUUUCUGACUUCACUGCUUCUACUUAGAGGGCUGAGACCGAAGCUCAUGCGGCCAACACAGUAUCUUCUGAUCUGAUCGGGGAGUUUCGGAUCCAUCGCUCUCGCUGCUGGAGCACUUGCUUUUCUAACGGGUUGGCCUCUCACAUACAAAGUAACAAAUAUCGCCUGUUUUGUCUCAUCUGUCUUUCUAUGCUUAAAUUCUUUUUACCUCCCCACUAAGAAGGCCUAUUUCAGAGUGAUGUGGGACUGAUAGGAAUGUGAAUUUUGCCCCCUUUCAUUCACUCAAGGAAUCUUUAGUGAGCGCCUGCCAUGCAAAGGCUCUGUCCCGUGCUUUGGGGCUAAGCUGCGGGGAAAGGGUGGCUCGGGAACCCCUUUCCUCACAGAGUGCCUAUCCUGGGGAUUCACAGGAGGAAGCAGAGACUAGUAAAAUUAAGUAACUUCCUGGCUAGCUGAUCAUACGACCGAAGACAAAAUCCCAUCUCGUGAUUCUCAGGGCAGGCUCUUUUCAGGAUUCUUCAUGAAAAUGGACUCCCACAGUUGCUGGGUCCACCCCACCUUGGGACGGUGUCCCAGAAAGCGGCGUGUGCAAGUAUUCUGACAAAAUCCUCAUUAUUAAGCGAGGUGACACAUGGCAUUAGCAAAUUCACUUGGUGGGCAUUGGUGGGGGCAGACCAGGAAAAUAAGAAAAGGAAAGAGGAAAUUUAAAAACUUAAGUUCCAAUAUACGAAAGAGAGCAUGUUUUCCCAUCCUUUCCCAGCCUAUCAAGAGCUGACUUACUGAACCUCCAAGUGGAAUUCUAGGCUUACUACCUAGUAGAGCUUUUUUCCUGAUAAUACCAGUUUCCAUAAUUGCUUUUACCCCAGAGAAGAUUACAGCAUUCCAGGAUGUCUCUACCUUGCUUUGCUUUUAGUGAGAAUAUAAAGAAGGACAAGAAAUAUGUGCUAUUGGAUAUUAAUUUGCCUAAAUGAUCUGAAGGAGAAAAAAAUGAAUUUGAAUCACUUCCUGUCCAAUUCACCAUUUAAGCACAUACGGUAGUGCCCUUUUCCAAAAAAGGAAGGCACGAUGCAAGAGUUACUUUCAGGGGCCACGUCUGAGUGACAUUAUCUCUCACACUCUCGGUGCAGCUGCCUCCAACUUUGAAUUUGAAAUUUUCUAAUGGAAAUCCUCCCUCCAGUGAGCAGGCGGCCUGACGCCACGACCGCUGGGAUCAAAUGUUCCUCCCACAGCAAGUGCUCGGAUGAAAAACUGGGAAAGGACUGGCCGGCGUGGGGGAAACGCCAUCCCUUUUCUGCUACUUCAGAUGAAUAAUGACUCCUAAAACCCAGCACGUGAAAGGCUGAGUCACAAACACACGUGUCUAGAAUAAACUACCCAGCCAACUUCCAUGCGCUGUCGUUGCCUGAGACCUUUAAAAUACAAACGCUUCAAGUGAGGCCAUUUGCAACCUUUUUGUGUCACUUUACCGAUUAUCCUCAUACUUUAACUCAUUUUCCCUCAUCUCUGUCGCAUCACAGUUGGAAGGGUGCACGAGGCCUCCGCGGGGAGCUGCACUUUGGGCGAUAUUCGCAUGCAGCUCGAGGAAAAUGUUUUCUUUCUAGCCCUCAUUAAGGCAUAAAACGGGAUGGCAUUGCCGCAGGAAAUCAUGCCAACCUUCAUUUUCCCAAGCACAGAGCAGCCCGCACAGCACACAGCAGCCCGCACAGCACACAGCAGCCCGCACAGAGCCCGCACAGGUGAACAAGCAGACAUUUGGUCUGAAGCGUGUAUGUCGAGAAUGCACGCUGGUCACAAGCAGGUGGGAAGCUCUGAAUCCAGCUCCACCUCGGGAAAGGAGGGAAAGGGAGCAGGGAAAGCCGCCUCUGUUGCACCCAUGGUUGUUAAACACACCUGUCAGAGCUCACCUGCCGGCCUCCAUUGUCCUGGGAAGGGAGAGGGCCUCGAGUCAGGAUGGAGGGAAGGUGGUUUAUUUGGGGUAAGGGACGCAGCUGCAGGACAUGAGGAAGGAAGGUCAGCCCGCAAUGAGGCCGGCCUUGAGCCUGCUAGAGGGUCAGAGCACCCCGGUCUGUAUCACAGCAGGGCCGUCCUCUGGGAAGAGGGUGUGGUCAGGGCACCCCUGGUCUGAUUGACAGUAGAGCCGUCCUCUGGGCUCUGACUUGAGUUUUGUCCACAUCUGGCACUGGCUCAGAUCUCCUGCCCACAGAUAUGGAGGCAAAGCCCAGGCGUGGAAGACAUCUUAGCACUGCACACUCCGUGUUGACAUGAGCAUACAGCAAGAAUUUGGAGAGGCACUGUCACAUAGGCUUUCCUUAAAUCUCACAAAGAAGAAUCAAAGAAUCAGAAAAAUCUGCUCACAAAUCGGCUGAGUGAGAAUAGCAUCAUUGCUGCAGGUGCCAGCUGGGCAAUCAGUGGCUGGCCGCUUCCUGCACCUUCUGGGCCUGGAAGAAACACUUUGGGAUCUGAAGUUACUUUUUCCUUGGCCACCUGAGUGACUCUGGCUGAGGGGUGGGUGGGCAGGUGUCAGCACAGCUGUGGAAGGCGAUGGUGUCCACCCUCUCACUGUGGGGACAAAGGACCAGUGCUCCAAGAACGGGGUCACUCUGGGGCCUGGGGAGCCUCCCAAGACUGGCGGGUUUUCCCACGCCUUCAGCUUCUCCAGAAAUGACCUGGGUCUUGGCUGCAGGAUGACCUUGCUGGGAUGUCCUUACUCUUCUGCAGUGUGAAUGUCCCCCUCAUCACCCAGAAAGCUGUAAUGGUUGUGAUCUCAGAUCUACUGGGUCACGGCGGCAGCCAGGCAGAGGGUUUCCCACCUGGAAACAGACAUGCUGUGCUCACCUGGACUCUGUCGGCUCAGGGGGUCAGGGCCCAGUGCACCAGCCAACGGGCACCAGGUUCCCAGUGGGGGAUCCAGGCACAAGCCACACCGUGUGCCCGCCUGCCCCUGCUCUGUGCUGCUGUGGCCUCGUUGAGGCUUCUUCUGGCCUCAUUGAGGCUGACAUUCAGUCUGCUUCCUGGCUAUUCCAUAGUUUUCCUCUCCAAUUUUGUUCUUUUUUUGUUAAUGAUGUUGCACUAUCGCUGCUGCAACAGGUCUUCUGCAAAGCCUCCAGCUAAAAUUUAAAUUGAACUUGGCCAGUAGAUUUCGUUUUCAGCUAUAAAACAAAGGCCUUCCAGUGUAAACGCCUGUUCACCAUGUGCCUUUCCAUUUUACUGUCUCUUUCGCCCCUUUUCUGUGUUCUUUCUCUACUGUGGUCAUGACGAGAAUUCACAGAGUGCUCAAACCCUACGCUCCACUGCUGGUCUUGCCGUGAGCAGAGAGGGCUCCACUCCAUCCUGCAACGUGGCCAAAUUGCAUAAUUUUCCAUGUACUUGGCAAGGUGUAAAAACCUCUUCAUAAAGGAUUUCUUGUUCUCACAACACAAAACCCACCCACAUUUGAGUGUCCUGGGAUUUUAAGCUUCUUGGGUGGCGGUCCAGUGCAGUAGCCAUCUGCCACAGGUGACAACUCUAAUUCAAUCAAAAUUAAAUACAACUUAAAAUUCAGUUCCUCUGUCUCGGCAGCCACACUUCAAGCACUCCAAGGCCAUAGGAGGCCAGGGGCCGCUCUGCAGGACAUCCCAGAUCUGGACACAUCUGGAGGGAACCAAGUUCUAUCAGACUGUGUGGGGGCAGCCAGAAACGAGCCCCACUGAGGGAGGAGGGAGGAGGAAAAUAUAUCCCAGAUAAUGGGCAUCAAAAAACAUACUCAGUACCACAUGGUCACUGAGAAACAUUAAAAUUCAAAAUUCAUUUAUUGUUCAAAUAAUUGAGAAGCAGUGGAGAACUGAUGGCUGUUACCCUGAAAUUGAGGGCCGUGGAAGUGUGUGAUUUACUGAUUCCCCGACUACUGUCCCAAAGCAUCAGAGCCGUCCUUCUGAACAUUCAGGAGUCCUCUGUAUCAGCAAUAUCAGGUAUAUUUUUAUAUAUUUAUGUAUUUUUGUUAUUUUAUAUAAUAUACAUAUAUAUAUUGAGACAGCGUCUCACACUGUCACCCAACUCUGGAGUGCAGAGAGCUAUCUAGCUCACUGCUGCCUCGAUCUCACAGGCUCAAGCGAUUUGCCUGGCUAAUUUUUUGUUUGUUUUUAGUAGAGACAAGGUCUCGCUAUGUUGCCCAGACUGGUCUCUAACUCCUGAGCUCAAGUGAUCCUCCUGCCUCAGCAUCCCACAAUGCUGGGAUUACAAGCAUGAGCCAUUGCCCCCGGCUGUAUUUUUGUUAUUUUGUUUAUACACAGCUUCAUUUAGAACAAAUUUAAGUGUUUUAGAUAGAACAGGGUAAACAGCUCAGAAAAUGGAGAGUUGAACAGUAAGAGGCGCCAGAAAGGUGAUAGACAAGCAUUCACCGGCUAUCACUUCAAGCCAGCAUGAUUAGCUGUGAUCCAACUCUACCGGCCCAGAGCUUCUCCUUCUCCAGCAAAUCCCUGGUUGUUCCUGACACUGAGUCCCUCCACACAGGCGCUGAGCUUCUGAGCAUGCACCUGGGCGGAGGGGUUGCAGAACCCCUGCCCCUCUCCUCAGGGCUGCCCUGGAACCCCAGCACUGCCGUGUGUCUGGAUAAUUCCACCCCAAAGUAGCCCUUCCCAGCACGCUCCAUCAUGAGAGACUCCUGGCUAGAACCAUGGUGGGAGCACCGGAGCCAGAACAGAGCCACGAACUCCACACAGGCGAGAAGAGGAUCCUGAGCCACGGAGGACGGCCGUGUCGCUAGCCACACACUCCGGAGUGCCCUCCUGCCAGGGUCGGCUGCAGGGCGCUGCCGGCUUCAGGAAACAGGCCUGAUGGUGGCGGUCAUCCCGUCAUAGCCAGCCUUGUCACUGAGGGUCUUCGAGGAGCGUUUCUAGUUACGCUUUGUCAUUAGUGUAUGGGCUAUGGGUUUCUGGCAGCUCAAGAUUAACAUAGGAUUCUUGGAACUAGUGAACAUUCUGGUAAUUUUUUUAUUUACUGUUAUUGUAUAUAUCUAAGGUGUACAACAUGAUGUUUUGAUAUACAUACAAAUAGUGAAAUGAACACUACAGUCAAACAAAUCAACAUGCCCAUCACCUUCCAAAGUUACCAUUCAGUGUGGAUGUGGUAGGAGCACUAGAAUCUACUGUCUUGGCAGAUUUUCAGUAUGCAAUGUCAUCAGCUGUAGUCUUCAUUCUUCACGUUCGCUCUCCAGACAUCGUCACUCUCCCUGAGUGUAAAUGUGUCAGGUGAACUUUAAAGUAAGCAGCUUGGCAGAGCCCAUUGUCUUUACCAAGUCCUUGUUGAUUUCCUGCUGUGCGAAAGGCUGGUGGCAGACGUGGGGUGAGCCCAGCACAGACUCCGGAUGUGUCCCUGGCAUGACAAGAUCAGCACACAGCUCCUGCAUCUCACUGGGACACGUAAGAGCACCUGCUCCACAUCCCUGGGGGACAACCAACUCUUCCAAUGUCCACACACCUUGCUUGUGGCUGAAGCUAUGACCCCUGAGAAGGUGUUGUCUGGCAAUGAGAGCAGAAACUUGGAGGGAAAUAAUUUGCUUCAGAAUCAUGUGCUCUUGGAUUUGCAUCCCAGCUCUUCUCCAUGUCAUGAGACUUGGAUUUAUUUGGAAAUAGCUUCCACUCUUUGGACUUCAGGCUUCUCAUCUAGGAAAUGCAUAUGAUGAUACUGACCUCAUUCUGUUGCUUUGAGAAUUAGAUGGCCAACGUGAAACACCCAUCUUGGUAUCCAGUGUAGACAGCAUCAAAGUCUUGGUAUCCAGUGUAGACUUAAUUGAUGUAUUGGUAUCCAGUGUAGCAGUAUCAGCAUCUUGGUAUCCAGUGUAGACAGUAUCAGCAUCUUGGUAUCCAGCAUAGCAGCAUCAAUGUCUUGGUAUCCAGUGUAGACAGCAUUGACAUCUUAGUAUCCAGUGUAGAAGCAUCAACGUCUUGGUGUCCAGUGUAGACAGCAUCAACACCUUGGUAUGCAGUGUAGACACCAUCCAUAUGUUGGUAUCCAGUGUAGACAGUAUCAAAGUCUUGGUAUCUAGUGUGGACAGCAUCGAUGUCUUGGUGUCCAGUGUAGACAGCAUUGACGUCUUGGUGUCCAGUGUAGACAGCAUCAACAUCUUGGUAUACAGUGUAGACAGCAUCCAAGUCUUGACAUCCAGUGUAGACAGCAUCGACCUCUUGGUAUCCAAUGUAGACAGCAUCCAUGUCUUAGUAUCCAAUGUAGACAGCAUCAAAGUCUUGGUAUCUAGUGUAGACAGCAUAAACUUCUUGGUAUCCAGUGUAGACAGCAUCCAUGUCUUGGUAUCCAGUGUAGACAGUAUCAAAGUCUUGGUAUCUAAUGUAGACAGCAUUGAUGUCUUAGUGUCCAGUGUAGACAGCAUUGACGUCUUGGUGUCCAGUGUAGACAGCAUUAACAUCUUGGUAUGCAGUGUAGACAGCAUCCAUGUCUUGAUAUCCAGUAUAGACAGCAUCCAUGUCUUGGUAUCCAGUGUAGACAGUAUCAAAGUCUUGGUAUCUAGUGUGGACAGUAUCGACGUCUUGGUGUCCAGUGUAGACACCAUCAAGAUCUUGGUAUCCAGUGUAGAUAGCUCCAUGUCUUGGUAUCCAGUGUAGUGGCAUUAAUGGCUCAUAUGUGUGCUCAGCCAAUUCUUCCUCGGCUGAUUCUUCACUCCUUUCAGACCGGGCUCACAGAUGUAGCAUCAAAUGUGGACACUGCCCCCACCCCCCAUUCCACAGGAAUCCCUACCUCGUUGACGUUGCUUUUCUGUUCUCCAUGUAACUUCUCUCCCCUUGGCACAGCCCACACAUGUCUCCCCUCACUGGAAUAGGAGCUACCUGAAGAAAGAGAGUCCCCCUGUUCUGUUUACUGUUGAAUUCCAGGCAUGAGAUCAAAGCCCACCAUGGGGUAGGUGUUCAAUAAAUAUGUAUUGCUUUAACAAAAAAGGCAUUCUGAUACAUAAUCUAUCCGUUGAACAUAGCACUUCACCUUAGCUUUUAACAAUAUUAUAAGUGCAUCCACCCGAUACGCCCACCCACCCCAGCAGCACAAAAAUAAAUGGAUCAAAACAAGCAAUAGAACAGGAGCCAGGCCCGGUGGCCACAUCUGUAAUCCCAGCAUUUUAGGAGGCCAAGGCUUGAGCCCAGGAGUUCAAGACCAGCCUGGCCCAUGUGGCAAAACCCCAUCUCUACAAAAUAAUUUUAAAAAUUAGCCGGACAUGGUAGCAUGCACCUAUAGUCCCAGCUACUCAGGAGGCUGAGGUGGUAGGAUCACUCGAGCCAGAAGGUUGAGGCUGCAGUGAGCCAUGAUCAUUCCAGUGCACUCCAGCCUGGGUGACAGCGUCAAGAAAGAAAGAGAGAGAGACAGAGAGAGCUUUGGAAUUGAGAGUUCCAUCUAUAAUGGUAUUUGAUGAUUACUGGUUUUGUGGCAAAAGCUUUCAGUGUUCUAGCCUGGCUUUAGGCUAGAUUCCAGUGAAGAAGGGACUGUAGGGGGUGGGGGAGUCAUUAGUCUGAGAUUCACAGUAAUUACGAUAAUUACGACAGAAUCACAAAGGACUCUAAGGUGUCAUUGAUUCUAUCCUUCAUCUCCAAGGUCUCCAGAUAGAUGUAUGCAUAUGAAAUUCAACCAAGAAAUGAUUCCCACAGUUAGUUUAAGACACCUUUCAAAUUUUAGCUUUGGUUUGAAAAUAAUCAUUCGGCAAUAGGUGUCCUCAGUGGUUGAAAACAACAGCCAGAAAUCACUUCUGGUGCCUGCACAGUGGCUUACCCUUGUCAUCCCAACACUUUGGGAUGCUGAGGAGGGAGGAUUGCUUGAGCUCAGGAGUUCGAGACAAGCCUGGGCAACAUAGUGAGACCCCAACUCUAAAGAAAUGUCAAAAAAUUUGCUGAAUAUCAUGGCACGCAGCUGUCAUUCCAGCUACUCAUGAAGCUGAGACAGGAGAAUCACUUGAGCCCAGGAGCUCAAGGCUGCAGUGAGCCGAGAUUGUGCCACUGCACUCCAGCCUGGGCAACAGAGCGAGAUCUUGUUGAAAGAAAGAAAGAGAGAGAGAGAGAGAGGGAGGGAGAGAGAGAGAGAGAAAGAAAAGAAAGAAAGAGAAAAAAGAAAGAAGAAAGAAAAGAAAGAAAGAGAAAGAGAAAGAAAGGGAAGCAAAUGGGAUUUUAAGACGUCAGAACCUCAGAAGCAAUGCAAGCAUUAAAGCAUAAUUUUAAGAAGCUCCCUCCUUGACAUAAAGAAAGAAGAAAAUAGCCAGGCCCAUGGUUUUGUACCACAGACAUGGCUUUAGCUGAUGCCCCUUUAAGAUAAGAUCCCUAGCCAGGCUCUCAUCUGAAUUCCCCUUUCCAUUUUGCAGCUGUUACAAUGUUUUCCAAAAAGGCUCUGGAGCUUAAUUUGGAUUUGAGCACUUUUGAGCCUGCACGGACCUAAUGAGAAACUGCACAUCAGCAGUCUGGUGCCACUUACACAUCCUUUUCUCAAACAAAUAAUCUAAUACCUCUUCUGUGAGUCAAUGAAUUUAUUAAAGACAAAUAGUCAAGCCUAUCUGCAAAUCCUGCAGAAUCCAGCAUUUUGACUAAAUGACAUUUAGCCAAGUUGUAACUCUAAUGGCAAAGAAAACAGUAGCAGCUCGGGCUUAAACCUCUGUCCCCGGGUGAAUAUCAUUUCCAAUAUCCUGUACAAAUUCUUUGAAGGAUUUGUGCCUGACGAACCCCCGAGGGCUUCUUCAGAAUUAGUUAAUAGUGAGAAAGCAUCGAGCUAAAUUUAUUGGUUAUAGUCCCCAUGAUUGCAUAAAAAAUAAAAUUAAAAGCAAGCCUCUGAAGAAUGGUUUAUCAAGCUUGGUAAUGGUAUCAUCUCCGACAGUGAGGUCAUAAAAGCAUAUUAGUGACCCCCCGAUGGAACGUGUUUACUGCAGAAGUCAAAGAGAUUGAUCAUUUUACCCAGGAGGUGGCAUUCGGUUCAACAUACUGUUGCUGUUAGUCUGAAAAACACGCUAAUCACCGAGGGCAUGGAACGCAGUGAAAGCGGGAAACGAGGCACGAUUAUCGAGGUUUUUAUAGAUGGACCGGCUCCUCCCAGAUGCUACAAAAUAGGAUCUAUUCAUAGACUCCUCUUCAAGAAAGGCACCAAACUCCUCGCUUAGCUCCCCAGCCUUCAUGCUGAGGCCCAGGGACCGCUGGGCCAGACGACUUCUCACCUGAAGCCAGAGGAGAAGGAAAGGCCUCUGCAGAGCCUGGGUUCACGGCUGGGCUUUCAGGAGCUCUGCAGCCUUCCAGUGUCUACUAAAAUCAAGGUUGAUUUCUUAGGGACUGACAGAAUAAGCACGACUUCUUUCCUUCUUUAUUUAUUUUGAGAUGGAGUCUCGCUCUGUCACCCAGGCUGGAGUGCAGUGGUGUGAUCUCAGCUCACUGCAACCUCCACCUCCCGGAUUCAAGCGAUUCUCCCACCUCAGCCUCCUGAGGAGCUGGAAAUACAGGUGCCCACCACCACAUCCGGCUAAUUUUUGUACUUUCUGUGGAGACAGGUUUCACCAUGUUGGCUGGGCUGGUCUCAAACUCCUGACCUCAGACAAUCAGCCGGCCUUGGUCUCCCGAAGUGCUGGGAUGACAGGCGUGAGCCACCGCGCCCAGCUAACACGACUUCUUUAGAAGCCAGCGUGAAAACAAUAAUGUAGGCAAGUGACUCCAAGGGCCUCCUGGGAGUCUCCCAACGACUCUGCCAGGCAGGUUUACUGGGUUCUCCCCAUGUUUGAGGGAAGGAAACAAGCUUCAUGCUCACACAUAGCUUGGCCAAGCCGAGGUCCAGACGCAGCCUCUGACCACAGCGUGUGUCUUCACCAGCUGCGGGGACAGCACUGACGUCCAUUGAGGUUCUGCAAGAUGCCUGUCCUGGGGACGGAUGGAGGUCGGUGACAGUGAGGGCUCUCAACCACCAAGGGGCCCUCAAACGCAUCCUAUUCAUCCAACGCCAACACCAGUGUCAAGGGCUCGCUGGCCGUGUGCUGCUGGAUAAUUCACGUUCACGCGCGACCUCACUUGACCUUCCUGAUGAACGCACCACUCGGGAAUUGUGUGAUCUCCCUUGUGAGGUUUAGAAAGGUGAGGUUUCCCCAAGAUCACACAGUCAGUCAAUUGUGGAACCUUGGACCAGACAUCCCUAAAAUUAAAGAACAGCCCUGACCACGUUACUAGUUCUGAAGGACCCAGAGGCCAGUGGAAGAGCCAUCGCUGCCUGUCCCACCCUGGAGAAGACGGCAAGAAGGGCACCGUGGUCAAAUCCAGGACUGGGAGGGCUGGCUGCUCCCAGCUCUUCUCCUCCAGUUCUCCCCGUGUACGUGCCAGGAAAGCUGCAUAUGCCUAAUGAAGUCACUGUACACCCGACAUCUGGCACUUAGGAUUCACAACAAGCGGGUGAAACCCCUUCAGACAGCACCCUGCCCCUCCACCGAGUCCUGGAAGACAUUGGAACUCGGCCUGUCUCCCGUCCUGAGCCAGUGUCCACACAGGAGCUACACUGGUAGAUUCCAGUCCCUGCCAUUCAAAGCUGCCACCUGGUCGAGGGUAAACAUCUCCAGACGGAGCUCACGUUUCCCUCUAGGCAGUCAUCAGAUUCACGUAGUGAAGGAAGCACUCAGAAGGGACUGCCAUGUGUGCUCACGAGGGGCCUUGAAGAGCAGUGUGAGCAGAAGCUGGGGUGUGUGGAUAGCAGGGAGCUCCGGAUGCAGCCUGGUGAAGGGGGCAGGUGCGGCCUUCCUGUCCGGUGCCAAGGCUCAUGCCAGCCUCUCCAGUGGGUCUGGUCUUGCUCCCUCCUGACUCCAGGGCCUCCUGAGCUUCCCUCACCUAGAACGAGCUCCUCUUCUACAGCCAGCACAUCUGAGCCCACUCUGUUUCCUUCCUCUGUAGCAGCGUCAACUCCUGUCUUCCUGGCUUCCGUAUUUAUUGAUCACAGCUCUGCCCUCCUAUAGGGAAGUCACUCGACAGCCACUGGAAGAAUCAGUGAGUAACACCCUAGGACUCAGAAGUGCUUCUGUCUCGGCCACCGUCUUGGGCAGCCAUAGCAGCGGGGCACAGGCUGGGUGGCUUAGGCAGUGGACGUUGGUCCCUGAGUGCCACAGGCUGGGAGCCCACUGUCCAGGCAGCAGAUCUGGAUUGUGGGGAAGACCUGCCUCCUGACAUCCUGGCCUCCGACCUGCAGCCGGCCACCUGCUCACUGCGUCCUCACAUGACAGGGAUCGGAGAGGGACGAAACCAGGGCCCUCAUGUUUUUCCUUAGAAGGGCACUGAUCCCAUCACCGGGCCCCAACCCCAUGACCCAAUCACCUCCCAAAGUCUCCACCUCCUAAUACCAUCCCUUUGGGGUUGGGGUACCAACAUAGGAAUUUGGGGGACCCCACAGCCAGUCCACAGCGGGUACUUAUAGCAAGUUUCUCCCCUACAUUUAAUUUUCCUCUUUUACGAGAUGAACAUAGUAGGAAUCUCCAUCUCCCAGGGCUGUGUGGACAGCCACGUGAGACCCUGCACAGUGGGUCGGCAGGACGCCUGGAGCCCACAUGGUCCUCAGUAAAUAGAGCUACCGUUCUUAGCAUUACUACAGUUUUCUUUCUAGAAGGGCAUGCCUAGACAGGCUGUCGCUGAAACUAACAGAAAAGUGUAAAGAAAUGUGCUGCAGAGUUUUGCAGGUGUCUGGUGCUUGGGAACAUGUAGCGGGGGAAUCAGUUUUGCUGGUGUCUGGAGCUUGGGAACAUGAGCCUCAAAUAUGCAAAUACCGUAGUGGGGGAAUUGAACGGCCUGUGGGCUUCCUGCUAGACCUGUGACUUUUAUCAUCUGGAAGCUUCCAUUAGGCAUUCUAGCAUUUCCCCCCCAGAAAUAAUAAAUAUUAUGGGCAGAAUUUCUCUAUUUCAGAAGGGUUGCAGGAGGAGAAGUUGAAAUGAGCCGCACGACAAAAUUCAAACUUUUAUAAACAAAUUCAGUUGUCAUUAAAUUUCUUCCUGACCAAUACCAUAAUAUUAUUCAUUUCUACCUGAAAACCAUUCCAAAGGACCGUCAUGACAGACAGUAAAAAGUCCAAUAGGUGACAUGCACAUCAUCUUCCCAAAGACACAGUCACAUGCACUGUUUCUCUUAAAAUCUGAUAAUAGAUUAUCAGAUAAAAUAAUAAUCAGAUCAUAGAUGAUCAGAUUUUAAGAGAAACAACCAGAAACGAUUAGGUGAUUAUUAAAGUGUGCUCUGAUUUUGAUACCAAGAAUGGAAAAAGUCAAGGAAAAGUAUACAUUGAAAGAUUAUUUAUUACUUUUUUGUGAGAUGUCACGCACGCACUCACACAGAAAUAGAACACGAUGGAGCUUCUGGUUUGGAGUCCUCCUAAUUCAAGAAGAUGUCUGGAGUGCAGACGUUGGGGACAGGAGUGGCAGAACCACGGGCAUGGGGAGGCGGCUGCCACGGUGGGGACGGGAGUGGCGGAACCACGGGCAUGGGGAGGCGGCUGCCACGGUGGGGACGGGAGUGGCGGAACCACGGGCAUG